AUGAGAAGAAUCAAUACUGUUGCUGUUAAACGAUUAACAACUGAAUAUAAAAAAUUAACACAAGACCCACCUCCAGGUAUUACUGCUGGACCUAUAAGUGAAAGUGAUCUUUUUGUUUGGGAAGCUGUUAUUAUUGGACCUGAAGGGACUGAGUAUGAAGGAGGAAUAUUAACAGCAAAAUUAGUAUUUCCACCAGAUUAUCCAAUGAACCCACCAAAGAUGACAUUUACUUGUCCAAUGUGGCAUCCAAAUAUUUAUCCAAAUGGUGAUGUUUGUAUUUCUAUUCUUCACCCACCAACAGAAGAUCCUACUCAUUAUGAACAAAUAAGUGAACGAUGGAGUCCUGUUCAAAAUAUUGAAAAAAUCCUUCUUUCAGUUAUGUCUCUUUUAUCUUGUCCAAAUUGUGAAUCACCAGCAAAUGUUGAUGCUGCUGUUAUGUAUCGAACCAAACGAGAUAAAUAUAUUAAGAAAUGCAAAGAGUGUGUUGAACAAUCAAAAUCAAGAUACCGUUCUAAAAAUUAA